UGGCGAGAUGCUGGGGCCCGAUGAUGAUGGACCGCGCACCGUCUUUCACGACCCCCAGUGUUCGUGUGCAGCACUCGGCUGCUUGUGCUGUACCGGGGUGCGGAUGGAACGGUUUAAUUUCAGCCAAAAAGUUUGUUCGGCCAUUAGCUACGAGCCGUACGAUUUCGCCAUCAAUCUGGAGGUGUCAAUGAAUGACACGGCGGUGUACACGGGCACGCUCUCGGCGAAGAAUCCGCCGGCACUCUGCCUACCGGUACCGGUACCGUACGUUCCCGUGAUGGCCACUCUGUGUUUGCGGCUGUUCGAUAUCUACACGCCCGGGCGCAACGUGCACCUGUGUUUCGAUCUGGAGGCCCGGAUUUGGUCACAGCCCAUCCUGGUGCUGCACUUCGAGUGUAUGCGGAUGGGGGCGGACGGGCUGCUGUUGCUCAAGCCAACCGACGGCGAUGGCUUCCACCCGGCUCCGGCGGAAACCCGGAUGCCCACGGAGGGGACGGUUGAUUGAGAGCAGAGCUGCCGUGCUGCAACGAACGUUAGGGGGGGGGGGGGGGGGAGGAAAAAGAAAUGUACGUUCCAGGGUGGUUACCUAACGAGUUUACAAUAUAUGGUA